AUGAUAAAAGCAUCGGAAGUUGCACAGUGCUCAGGAGAAGAUGCUCCAUAUUGGAGUUUUGCAAGUCAUCAGGCCUACAUUGCAACGCCCAGGACAUCCCAUACCCAGGAAACCUUUUUGCUGCUCGAUGCGUACCGUACUGUCAAAUCCUCCGAAGAAAGUGAGAGUGAGGAGGAGAGUGAUAGUGAAAGUGAGAGUGAGGGAAGUUUUGAUGAGGAUGAUAGUGAGGUUUUGCGAGGUCGGCAAACCUUUCUGGAACACGUCAGAGCUGAUCAGCGUCGAGAAAAUUUCCCUAGACCUGAUCAAAGAUGGGAAGACUAUAGACAUGAUCAGCGAUGGCAAGAUUACUAUAGACUUUGUCAACGAUGGGAGGAUUAUCGUAGACACAGCCCACGACAGGGAGAUUAUAGACCCGAGAUGUGUACCCUCAAGCCGAGGGACAUCCCCAAGAAUCUCAUAUUCAAAGGCAAAGGAAGCUGGUCUUUCUUUAAGAAAAGCUUUAUGGCAUUUACUGAAGAGUAUGAGCUCUCACCAAAAGCUAGAAUCGAAACACUCUGUUGGUGUGUGGAGGGACCUGCGGCUGAUUUCUAUGUGAAUCUCCUAGAAAUGGACCGUAGGAUCACCUUUAAGAAGAUCUUGAAGGCCUUUGACAAACACUUCGGGGAGGAAGACUUGCCCGCCGUCCUGCAAGCUAGACUGGAGACCGCCACUCAACGUGAGGACGAAUCCGUCAACGAGUGGGGUGAUCGAGUCAUGACCAUGACCCGAAAGCCAUACAAAGAUCUACCAAACGCCUGGAUCCGACAGGAAGCUGCUACUAGGUUUUGUCUUGGGUGUCGAGAUACAGAGGCUUGGAGAUAUGUCCUUCACGAGCAAGUUUCUACUCUGGCAGAGGCUUUGACUGAGUAUGAACAGUAUUACAGCUUGCGAAAGUUGUAUGGUAAGAGUGGGAGCAGAUCUCGAAAUAGUGGAAAAUCCCUGAUCAAGUCUGCUACCCGUGUCACUCAACACUCAUCACCUCCUUACUCCAAGAAUGAAGAUGCAGGGAGCAGAAACUACAGGGCUGCAAAAUGCCAACAAGUAAGUGAACGUUACAACCGGGGUGGUAGGUCCAACUAUCCCAGAUCCUCCGUUCCUGCAAGGCAAGCUGCAGUCAUACCCGCAAGUAAACUGGUUACGACAGGCCAGAAACCAUCCCCAUCUCCAUCAUGCAACACUGAAAGAAGGUUAACCGGCCUCGAAGAUCAGGUGGAUGCAGUUAACAGAAAGCUGGAUGCAGUGUUGGAUAUGUUGAAACCACGUGGGGAUCGAUGUCUUGAAUGCCAAGAGGCAGGACACUGUCGUAAUAACUGUCCCAAACUCGUUUCUUCUAAACAACCUAGGCGGGUUGGCCCCCAGGAAGAGGAUCCUUUAAACUAG